AGUUUGACGUAGUCAUUUGUAGUCAGUCGCCUUAGUCUUGCCCAGGUGACUCAAAGCAUUAAAAGUCAGCAUAAUCAUAUCCUCGCCCAUUUGCCAUUCACUCCGGUAGCAAAAUAGUACUCUGGUGGUUUAAUCAGUUGGAGGCAGCUCCUUAAAUGAAAUUGUGUGUUUCAUUCUUCUGCUUUUUAUUUCCCGAACGUGAAAAGACGAUAAAACUGAAAUGGAAAAGAUCUAUUCCAGGGGAGAGCUUCACCACAUCAUCGAUGGCUUUAAUGAGCAGAAAAGCAACUGGAUGCGUUAUGUGAAUCCUUCCCGUUCUGCCUGGGAGCAAAACCUGGCUGCAUGUCAGAACGGGAUGAACAUCUACUUCUACACCAUUAAGCCCAUCCCUGCCAACCAGGAACUUCUUGUGUGGUAUUGUCGGGACUUUGCAGAAAGGCUUCACUACCCUUAUCCUGGAGAGCUGACAAUGAUGAAUCUCACACACACACAGGACAACCCAAAGCAACAGAGCACUGAGAAAAGUGAACUUUGCCCAAAGAGUGCCCCCAAAAGAGAGUACAGCGUAAAAGAAAUCCUAAAAUUGGACUCCAACCCCUCCAAAGGAAGGGACUUGUACCGUUCCAACAUUUCACCCCUUACUUCAGAAAAAGACAUGGAUGACUUCAGGAAAAAUGGGAGCCCUGAAAUGCCUUUGUAUCCUCGGGUUGUUUACCCAAUCCGGGCCCCUCUGCCCGAAGACUUUUUGAAAGCGUCUCUAGCCUAUGGGAUGGAGCGACCAACCUACAUUACUCACUCUCCUAUUCCAUCCUCCACAACUCCAAGUCCCUCAGCAAGAAGCAGCCCUGACCAAACCCUAAAAAGCUCCAGUCCUCACAGCAGCCCAGGGAAUACAGUGUCACCUCUGGCUCCUGCCUCUCAAGAACACCGAGACUCGUACACUUACUUGAAUGCACCCUACGGCACUGAAGGCUUGGGCUCUUACCCUGGAUACACACCUCCGCCCCAUCUCCCAUCAGCUUUCAUCCCCUCUUACAAUGCCCACUACUCCAAGUUCCUUUUACCCCCUUAUGGCAUGAAUUGUAAUGGCCUGAGUGCCGUGGGCAACAUCAAUGGCAUCAACAACUUCGGUCUUUUCCCAAGGUUGUACCCUGUCUACAGUAACCUCCUGAGUGGGGGCAACCUGCCUCACCCCAUGCUCAACCCUGCUUCUCUCCCAAGCUCACUGCCCUCAGAAGGAGCACGGAGGUUGCUUCAGCCUGAACAUCCCAGGGACGUGCUUGUUCCAGCGCCCCAUAGUGCCUUUUCCCUAACUGGGGCUGCCGCCAGCAUGAAGGACAAGGCAUGUAGCCCCACGAGCGGGUCUCCAACAGCGGGCACAGCUGCCACGUCAGAGCACGUGGUACAACCCAAAGCUACCUCAGCAGCCAUGGCAGCCCCCAGCAGUGAUGAAGCCAUCAAUCUCAUUAAGAGCAAAAGAAACAUGACUGGCUAUAAGACACUUCCCUAUCCUUUGAAGAAGCAGAAUGGCAAGAUUAAGUAUGAGUGCAAUGUUUGCGCCAAGACUUUUGGCCAGCUCUCAAACCUGAAGGUCCACCUCCGAGUGCACAGUGGAGAACGGCCUUUCAAGUGUCAGACCUGCAACAAGGGCUUUACUCAGCUUGCCCACCUGCAGAAACACUACCUGGUACACACAGGAGAAAAGCCUCAUGAAUGCCAGGUUUGCCAUAAACGAUUUAGUAGCACCAGCAAUCUCAAGACUCACCUGCGUCUCCACUCAGGAGAGAAACCUUACCAGUGCAAGGUGUGCCCUGCCAAGUUCACCCAGUUUGUACACCUGAAGCUCCACAAGCGCCUACACACCCGGGAGCGGCCCCAUAAGUGUGCCCAGUGCCAUAAGAGUUACAUCCACCUCUGCAGCCUCAAGGUCCACCUAAAAGGCAACUGCCCUGUGGCUCCAGCCACCGGGCUGCCCUUGGAUGAUCUGACUCGCAUCAACGAAGAGAUCGAGAAGUUUGACAUCAGUGACAAUGCUGACCGGCUCGAAGACAUGGAGGACAAUGUUGAUGUGACCUCUGUGGUGGAAAAAGAAAUUCUGGCCAUGGUCAGAAAAGAGAAGGAAGACACUGGUCUCAAGGUUUCUUUGCAAAGAAAUGUGGAGAAUGGGCUCCUCUCCCCAGGGUGUAACUUUUAUGAAUCAUCAGACCCGGCCCUCAUGAAGUUCCCUCACACUCACCCACUACCUCUGGUACCUGUAAAGGUCAAACAAGAAACAGUUGAAACAAUGGAUCCUUAAGAUUUUCAGAAAAUGAAAAGUGUUUUGUUUUUUAACUUAGGACUUGGCGAGUCAGGGUGCCUGUAGCAAAUUGCUUAUAUACAAUUCCAGUUCUGCAGAGCUCUCCUGACGGCAGAUGUGAGGGGAAACCUCAUCACUCUGGAAUUACAGAAGGAACUCCAAAGUUACUGAAAUCUCAGGGCAUAAACGAGGCAAAGACUAUAUAUAUACCUAUUAUAUAUACUUAUUUACACCCACAUCUAUAUAUUUGAACCUGUAUUUUGAGUAUUUGUGUGAAUAUGUUUGCAUAGCCUUCCCAUUACUAAGACUAUUGCCUAGCCAUAAUUAUUUUUUCAAUGAUAAUACUUCAUAAUUUAUUAUGCAAUUUAUCAUUCAGAAAGCAAUCAUUAAAAAAGUUUACAAUUACUGGAAAAAUUCCUUGUAAUUUGAGUAUAAAUGUUAUAUUUUUUUGUCUUGUGGCCAUUCUUUGUAGAUAAUUUCUGCCCAUCUGCUUAAGUACCUAAAAUUUAGCAAAUAUAUUACUUUCCUCAGCCAACUUCCACCUGUAAUAUUUGAAAAUGAGGUUUUGGUAUUGCCAAAUUAGACAGUUGAUGUGUCAAUUCAUAAGAUCAUAUCAUUUUAAUGGCACUGUAUGACUUGGGGGUGGGGGAGACGGGAUGUGUGCAGAAUUACCCAAGAGUCACUUCAGUGGAAGAUACAAGAAAAAAUAUAUAUAUUUUUGUAGAUCAUUCUGAGUUUCCCCCCAACCACCAUUUUACCCAGAAAGGUGACAAGACGGC